AUGGCACCACAUGGAGAGGCCAUUGUUAGGAACUCUUCUAAAACCCGAAACUCGUGCAAGCCCUCGAAGAACAAUAACCUGCAAAGAACAGUAUCCGACAUAUCUUUCGAGCUAAGCAAAGAGGCUGCUAAUGCUGCAGAGUUGCAAAAACUACCACCAAUUUCUGAAAUUGAAGAUGUCAAAUGUGAUAGCUGUGGCAUGAGCGAAGAAUGCACACCCGAGUAUGUAGGCCAAGUGCGCGAUAAGUUCUCAGGGAAGUGGAUUUGUGGGCUCUGCGCCGAAGCAGUAAAAGAAGAGACUGAGAAAAAUGGUGGGAAUAGGGAGGAAGCACUGAAUUCCCAUAUGCAUGCAUGUGCUAGGUUUAACAAAUUUGGAAGGGCGUAUCCAAUUCUUUGUCAAGCUGAAGCCAUGAGAGAAAUCUUGAAGAAGAGACAAGUUAGAUGCAAAUCCAUGGGUGCUAUAGAUAAUGGUGCUGCAACAAAGAAGGGUGGAAUUCUUAGGAGCUCAAGCUGCAUUCCUGCCAUAACUAGAGAUGUGAAUGAUCUUAGAAUGGAAAAUUAA